AACAGAUAAUUGAGCACAGGCUUCUCAUUGAUGGCGAUGGAACUGGCGAUGAUAGACGUUUAAAUAUUUUGUUAAAAAAGUUUUUAAAAUGGAGCAAUACUGAGUAUACUAAUCUUAAUGAAAGGUAAAAUUGCAUACCUAUUACUUAUUACCUAUAACUAUAUUAUAAUAUUGUUAUACUUGAAAUAAUUUUUAAAUAUGCAUGUAAACAUACACAAAAAACUGACAAAAGAUAAUCUCAUAAUGUAUAAUAAGAUUAUUAUUAGAUCAUUAAAAGAUUAUUACCUACAUUAUAUGUAGAAAACAUGCACUUUUUUUUUAAAAAUAUGAAAAUCAAAAACAAAAAUGUACCAAGUUAUUUAUUAUAUGUUCUAUAGAUAAUAAUUUUUUUAUGGCAUAAAAUAUUAAAUUUUCCUUUUAAUUUGUUAUAUAGUCAAAAAGUUAUAGAGAUAAUGUUAGUUCAUGCUAAUUUAUGUGAGCUGGCAAUCAAGAAAUCGCAAGCUGUUUCUAGAAGGAUUGAUGAGGAAAUGUCAACAAGUGAUGGUGUGUCUGUGGAAAUUGAUCAUAAUAUACAAAAGAUAAAAAAUGAUAUUAUUCUUGCUAAAGAAGAACUAGAAAAAGCCAAAACUUUUAAACGCAACCAAAUGGAGUAUGAUGUGUUGAUAAAAAAUAUUCGUCAAUAUCCAUCAAGAGAUGAAACUGCCAAACGUUUAGAAGAUUUAAAAGACGAAACCCAAGCACUUAAAGUAAAUAUAUUAAAUAAUUAUAUAAUCAUAACAUUAUUAUUUAUCUAUAAUGUAUUUUUAGAAGGCAAGAGAUGGCAUAGCUAAAAAAGUAAACAAAAAAGUAAACAAAUUGCAAGUAAUUUUGGCUGCAAUUGAGAAUCUAGAUGAGAGUUCAAAUGAAGAUUCAGAACCAGAAACUAAGUCAAGUGAGGGAGUUGAUGAUAAAGAUUCUGCCAUGUCAACAGAAACAGAAUAA